GUAUCUUCAUCUCUCCAUCCAGGGAACCAGGCUUUGCCAUUUGGGAAGUGAAAAAAAAAAAAAAACCCAACUGCAAACAGCGGCAACUGAUCUAGCCUUUAUCUCCUUCUCCAAACCCCCAUUCUCCCAAAACAGAACCAUCAAUCUCUUCCUUCACUCAUUCUAACCCUUCAGGUUGAAAUCACAGCAAGCAAGCCCUCUAAGCUCUGCGAGGAGCAAUGGCGAAGGGGUCCUCAGUACAAGCUCUAUACGAGCUCUGCAGGAGGACCUUCACCUCCUCCUCCGCCGCCUCCGCAUCUCCUCAGGCAAUCCGCAAGAUCUCUGCUCUCAUGGAUACAAUAACUCCAGAAGAAGUAGGACUUGGAGAUGGAUUGGAUGAUGACAGAGGACUUGGUUUUUUUGGAUCGAGUCCCUUCAAUAAUCCAAAUAGGACAGCUCGAUGGGCUCAGCCAAUAACGUACUUGCAUAUAUAUGAAUGUGAUAGCUUUACUAUUGGUAUAUUCUGUCUGCCAACUUCAUCAGUUAUUCCACUUCAUGAUCAUCCCGGGAUGACUGUUUUGAGCAAGAUUCUGUAUGGCUCCAUGCAUGUGAAAGCAUAUGAUUGGACAGAACCAUCCUUCAUAGCAAGAAGCGGCAAUUCAAAAAAUAAUCCUGUGCGAUUGGGAAAGCUACAAAAGGAUACCGUCCUGACAGCCCCAUGUCCAACCACAGUUCUGUACCCCAAAACAGGAGGCAAUCUGCACUGCUUCACUGCAGUCACUUCUUGUGCCGUGCUCGAUGUUCUCGCCCCACCAUAUUCUGAAGUUGCUGGUCGGAACUGUACUUACUAUCAUGAUUAUCCAUACUCAAGCUUCUCAACUGGAGAAGAACCUGUGCAACCUGAUAAAGGAGAGGAUCAUGCGUGGCUUGAAGCCAUUGAAGCCCCUGACCUCUACAUGCGAUCCGGUGCAUAUACUGGUCCAGCUGUACAGGGAGAGUUGUGCUUUCCAGGAUCGUGCACUAUAAUUUAGUUACGCAGCCUCUAUAAUGGAUAUUUGGGGGUGUCAGCUUCAAUCUGUCCUCAACGAAGCAAUACAGAAGAGAAGAUUUUGUAGUCGGAGUAUGUGCAUCUCUAGUCAGUUGAAGCUGUGAGGACAAGAGGAAAAUUUGGAUGCCGUAAUCAAGAAGCUGAAACUUUGAGGGACUCUUGAUUUUCAGGCAGUUUUGCUUUGCUGUAUACAUUUGUUUAACUUGAUCUUCAUAUUAUGUUCCGUGUUACUGAUUUUGCCAGGGGAACAAGCUUUUCAUAUGGAGGUUUUGAUGUAAAAUUUAGAUCACAAUUUACAUAUCUGUAUCUGCCAUCUCUGUAUCAAAUAAUUAUAGGGGAGUUUUUCUCAAGAAUUGUUAUAAGCAAAAGUUAGAAGUUUAUGUGAGUUAA